CCAAAAUCCGUUGCUCUUCCUCUCCUCUUCCUUUUUCUUCUUCUUCAUCGUCAUCUUCUUUUUCUUUAAGCUAAGAGUUCAGAGAUCUCUCUUAUUCUCUCUCUGAUCAGAGAGAAAUUUGAUUCUACAGUCCGAUUUCUCUGAGAAUGACGAUGAGGAUUCCUGGAACUCCGACAUCUAAGAUGGAGCGAACGGCAACCGCUGUGACACCGGGAGGUGGACCAAGAUCGAGGGAGGAGAAGAUCGUAGUUACUGUAAGGUUAAGGCCUCUGAACAAGAAGGAGCUUUCGGCUAAAGACCAAGUGGCAUGGGAAUGCGUCGAUGAUCACACUGUCGUGUACAAAUCGCCUUCUCAAGAACGGUCACCUCAGUCCUCUUCAUUCACGUUUGAUAAAGUGUUUGGUCCAGACAGUUUAACGGAAAAUGUGUACGAAGAAGGCGUCAAGAAUGUUGCGUUGUCUGCUUUGAUGGGCAUCAACGCAACGAUAUUCGCUUAUGGGCAAACGAGCAGUGGAAAGACAUACACUAUGAGAGGAAUAACGGAGAAAGCCGUCAAUGAUAUUUACAAUCACAUCAUUAAUACCCCUGAACGAGAUUUUACAAUAAAGAUUUCUGGUCUGGAAAUAUAUAAUGAAAAUGUAAGGGAUCUGCUAAAUUCAGAAUCCGGGCGCAACCUUAAGCUCCUGGACGACCCAGAUAAAGGUACAGUGGUUGAGAAACUGGUAGAAGAAACAGCAAAUAACAAUCAACACUUGAGGCAUCUGAUUAGCAUCUGUGAAGCUCAAAGGCAAGUUGGAGAAACCGCUUUGAACGAUACAAGCUCACGGUCACACCAAAUAAUCAGACUGACAAUACAAAGUACUCUUCGUGAAAACUCGGAUUGCGUGAGGUCUUAUGUCGCUAGUCUGAAUUUCGUAGACUUAGCAGGAAGUGAGAGAGCUUCACAGACACAGGCAGAUGGAACUAGACUCAGGGAAGGGUGCCAUAUCAAUUUAAGUUUGAUGACUCUUACAACUGUCAUCCGGAAACUAAGUGUGGGGAAAAGAAGCGGUCACAUACCUUACCGAGACUCGAAGCUUACCCGGAUAUUACAGCACUCACUGGGAGGAAACGCCCGAACAGCAAUUAUCUGUACAUUGAGUCCAGCUCUGACUCAUGUUGAACAAUCAAGAAAUACUCUCUUCUUUGCUACCCGAGCCAAGGAAGUAACGAACAACGCCCAAGUGAACAUGGUUGUUUCUGAUAAGCAAUUGGUGAAACAUCUUCAGAAGGAAGUGGCGAGAUUAGAGGCAGAGCUUCGCACCCCCGAUCCAUCUAGAGAAAAAGAUUUGAAGAUCCAGCAGAUGGAAAUGGAAAUUGAAGAACUUAGGAGACAGAGAGAUAAUGCACAGACCCAAGUAGAGGAGUUGCGUAAAAAGCUUCAAGAAGACCAACAACAGAAGGGCUCAAAUGCCUUUGAAUCUCCAGGCCCAUCAAUAAAGAAGUGUCUAUCUUAUUCUGUGGCAUUGACACCAAACACAGAAAACAAAGUGGUAAGCAGGAAUGAGAAAGCAAGGAAAACCAUGAUACGUCAAUCUAUGAGGCAAUCCUCGACAGCUCCUUUCACGUUGAUGCAUGAGAUCCGAAAACUCGAACACCUUCAAGAACAGCUUGGAGAGGAAGCGAAUAAAGCCCUUGAAGUGCUACAGAAGGAAGUUGCCUGCCAUAGACUGGGCAACCAAGAUGCAGCUCAGACAAUCGCUAAGCUUCAAGCAGAGAUAAGGGAAAUGCGCAGCAUAAAAUCAUUGAUGCCUAAAGAAGUGGAAAUAGGAAAUGUCAUAGCUCCUAACAAGAGUGUAAGUGCCAAUCUGAAGGACGAGAUAACAAGGCUCCACUCACAAGGCUCCACCAUAGCCAACCUCGAGGAACAACUUGAGAAUGUUCAGAGAUCUAUAGACAAGUUGGUGAUGUCUCUUCCGGGCAAUAACAACAUUGUCCAAGCCAUGGUAGAAGAUGGAACCCCUAAGACGAAGAACCAUCAUCAAUCAAAGAAGAAGAAGCUGCUUCCCCUGACACCUAGCAGCCAGAAUUUCUUGAAAUCUCCAUGCUCUCCGUUGUCAGCCUCAAGGCAAGUCUUGGAUACCGACACUGAGAACAGAGCGCCUCUCGAGAAUAACAACUCUGAAUCUAGAGAAAAUGCUCACGGUUUUGAGAAAGAGACUCCAAAGAAAGGGGAAGAAAGUGGAGAUGUCUCAUCGAGGGAAAGCACUCCAGGCUACAGGCGUUCAAGUUCAGUGAACAUGAAGAAAAUGCAGCAGAUGUUCCAGAACGCAGCAGAGGAGAACGUGAGAAGCAUAAGAACAUAUGUUACAGAACUCAAAGAACGUGUCGCCAAAUUACAGUAUCAGAAGCAACUUCUCGUUUGUCAGGUGCUUGAAUUGGAAGCAAAUGAAGCAGCUGGGCACAACAUAGAGGACCACGAGAACGAGAUAGAGGAAGAGGAGACACAGCAAGUCGCAUGGCACAUAAUGUUUAAGCAGCAAAGACAGCAGAUUGUAGAGCUGUGGCAUGUCUGCCACGUGUCCAUCAUCCACAGGACGCAAUUCUAUUUGUUGUUCAAGGGUGAUCAAGCUGACCAAAUAUACAUGGAAGUCGAGCUAAGGCGGUUAACUUGGUUGGAACACCAUCUCGCAGAAGUCGGUAAUGCAACACCUGCACGAAAUGGCGAUGAACCCGCAAUAUCUAUAUCAUCAAGCAUUCGGGCAUUGAGAAGAGAAAGAGAGUUCCUUGCAAGGAGGGUGAACUCUCGUCUAACGCCAGAGGAGCGAGAUUCGUUGUACAUGAAAUGGGACGUGCCGUUAGAGGGAAAACAGAGGAAACUUCAGUUUGUGAACAAGCUAUGGACAGACCCUUAUGACACGAGACACGUAGAAGAGAGUGCAGCCAUAGUUGCGAAGCUUGUCGGGUUCUGUGAAGGAGGGAACAACAUCUCAAAGGAGAUGUUUGAGCUCAAUUUUGCAGUUCCUUCUGACAAGAGACAAUGGAACAUCGGUUGGGACAACAUCUCCAACCUUCUUCAUCUGUGAGAAAAUGCCGUUUCUUCAUUUGUGUAAGUACAUUCAUUUUAAUAUGUUCUUUAACUCUUUUGUUCACAUAAGAGCAUGGAGCAUGGAAAAGGAUCAAUUGCCCAGAUUCAAUCUUGAUUGUCGUGUUUGGUGCUACUACAUGUACCAAUUUGAUCUAUCAUUUAUAAAAAUAUUGUGUUAUAACAGACAGGUCAGAUUAUAAAGCAAAGAUUGAUUCAA